CGACCUCGAAGGCAGGCCUCCUUUCCUGGUGCGGCAACGCGCUUCAAAGAUUUAUUAUUUCCUGCGAGGCACGCGAAAGCUGUCUAAAACCCUCUCUAGCUAUCAAUUCUACUCGUUUUGCUUUAAAUUAUGAUUUCUUCCUGAGAAGUUGGUUGAGUCAACACAAAACUUCCUCGAAACUUGCUAUUAAAUUAAACCCAAUUUGUUGAAUCAACAUAGAGUUUUCUCAAGAGAGCACUUUGAGUUUGAGAAUCUUAUCUUCUCUGCAACUACUGCAAGUGAUGGCGACCGUAGAUUGGGAUUUCUCCACCUCCACCUACACAACUGGAUUUUCUAGUUAUGAUGUGUUCCUCAACUUCAGAGGUGAAGAUACUCGUAAUCAUUUCACUGCUUUUCUUAACUUGGUUAUGAAAGAUAGAGGAAUCGAUGUGUUUUUUGAUAGUGAAAAAUUGUGGAUUGGAGAAGCCAUUGGAUCAACCUUACUUGGAGCAAUUGAUGGCUCUAAAAUCUCGAUCCCUGUCUUCUCUCAAGGAUAUGCCAACAGCAAAUGGUGCCUAUUGGAACUUGCUCAGAUUUUUCACUGCUACAUCUCCAACAAUCAACUGGUUUUGCCCAUAUUCUAUGAUGUUGAGCCAUCGCAUGUUCGGAAUCAAACCGGAAGUUUUGAAGAAGCAUUUCGAGAGCAUGAGAAGAAUUAUGAGCCCCAAAUUGUAGAGAGUUGGAGGAAAGCUUUGAAAGAGAUAGGGAGUUUGAAGGGAGAAUUUAUUGACAAAAAUAAGGAUCAAGCAAAGAUUGUUGAAGCAGUUGUCAAAAGGGUUCUGGUUGAACUGGUUAGUGGCACACACUUGGAUGAAUGUAAAUUCGCUGUUGGUAUGGAUUCCCGCAUAAAAGAUGUAUUAUCUUUAUUAAGUAUUGAUUCCAAUGACGUUCAAUUCAUAGGAAUUUGUGGUCCUUGUGGCAUUGGAAAGACAACCAUUGUUGAGGCUGUUUAUAAUCACAUCCUUCCAAACUUCAAUAGGCAUAGUUUUAUUUCAGAUGUUAGCAAACAGGCAAUGCAAUGCAUGGGUCUUGCAUCUUUGCAAAAGAGACUUCUUAAAGAUGUCUUCAAAGCAGACUUCGACAUAAAUCAUUAUCAGAGAGGGAAAAAAUUGAUUAAACGGAUGCUUUGCAAAGAAAAAGUUCUUCUUGUUCUUGAUGAUGUGGAGAGUAAAGAGGAGAUAGAUGGAUUGGCCAGUGAGCUUAAUUGGUUUGGUCAAGGAAGCAGGGUCAUAAUAACAACAAGAGAUGAACACAUCUUGAAUGUAGCUAAAAUUGAGAAAGAUAAAAUCUAUUGGCCUCGAGAGCUGGACAAUAAGGAAUCUCAUCAACUAUUUAGUUUGCAUGCUUUUUCAAUGGAUGAACCUUCUGAAGAUUACCUACAACUUUCACAUAAUGUGGUACGUUAUUCAAGAGGGUUACCUUCAACUCUGGAGGUGUUGGGAUCUUACCUAUCGGACAUAAGGAGCAAAGCAGAGUGGAGAAGUACAUUGCGAAAACUAAAAUCAGGUAAAACUUCAAUCUCCAGUCUUGCAUCUUUCCGUGGAAGUAGAAAGAACACUUGCCGUAGGAAAGACAAUCCCCUUUGUUGGCGCCCAUUACUUCAUAAUGGAAACCACAACACUCUUUCUAGAGUAUCUAAAGUCCUCGGAGGAUGUCUGGAUGGCUCCAUAGCUACUGAUAGAGUUGAUAAUAAGUGGUUCAGAACAGCAAGGGUUCAAAGUGCAAUAUCUAAUUUCAUUGGAAAAAUUUUCAAUCCAAAUGACUCCACAUCUUCCGAUAGAGUUGGUAACCAGAUCAGAAUAGCAGAGAUCAGAGCUGCAACAAAGAAUUUUGAUAAAUCAAUGAUGAUCGGACAAGGUGGCUUUGGCGAAGUUUACAAAGGUGUACUUGUUGAUGGUACUCUGGCAGCAUUCAAGCGUUUGAGUCGGCAAUCAAGACAAGUUCUAGUAGAAUUUGAGAGAGAGAUUGAGCUGCUAUCAAAGCUCAGUGAUAGACAUGUGGUUUCCAUGAUUGGGUUCUGUAAGGAAAAGAAUGAGAUGAUUUUGGUGUAUGAAUACAUGGCAAAUGGGGAUCUCAGGAAGCAUCUCUAUGGGAGUGAUCUCCCAACACUGACAUGGAAGCAGAGGCUAGAGAUUUGUAUAGGUGCUGCACGUGGGCUCCACUACCUCCACACAUCGGGAGAUGGGAGUAUAAUCCAUAGGGAUGUUAAGCCAUCCAACAUACUAUUGGAUGAGAACUUGGUAGCAAAGAUAGCUGAUUUUGGAACAUUAAGAGCAGCUCUUAAAUUUGAUUAUAUCGAUGCUUCUACUACUCGUAUAAUGGGAACCCUAGGAUACAUGGCUCCAGAAUACGCAAUGCACGGAUAUUUGACUCAAUAUACCGAUGUUUACGCUUUUGGUGUAAUGUUAUUUGAGGUUCUUUGUGCUCGAGAACUUAUGGAUACUCGCAAGCCAGAAGAUCAGAUCUACCUAACAGAAUGGGCGCUCAAGUGGCAAAGACGGAGAUCACUUGAAACCAUUGUGGACCCACGGCUUGAAGGAAAUUACUCUCCAGAAUCGUUGAAGAAAUUUGGGGACAUCGCAGAGAAAUGUCUUCAGGGUACUAACUUGACCAUUACCAACUCUGACCAAGAUCCCAAUUCCCAGUUUUUAUCCUAUUGGAAGAACCGACCCACAAUGGGGGAAGUGUUGCGGGAUUUGGAGUACGUCUUGCAACUGCAUGAAGCUUGGUUACGAGACGAUGCUAGGGAAAAAAAUUCUAACUGCUCCUCAUUGAUUGGUACAGAUGGGUCUAAGGAUUCAAGAAAUGGAAUUGGAAUUGGAAUUGGAAUUGGACUCGGAUCUACGUUAGUUAGAUACGAUGACUCUACUGGGGAUGAAUAUUCUACCUGUUCCUCAUCUUCAACAAUCAAAAUCGAAUUGGUCCUGGUUAAAUCUGAUGAUUCUACUGGGGUAGAAUAUUCCACCUACUCCUCAUUGGUUGGUACAGUUGGGUGUGAUGAGUUCUCUGAUGUGGUUAACCCUCGAGGUGAGUUAGGAAGACGGACACUUUUCAAUCAAUGGAUUUUUCAGAUGCUUACAUUCUUACAAGAAUUUUUCCACUGGAUUGCUGAGUAUGUACUGUGAAAGAACCUUUUUUUUUUUAUAUAUAUAUAUAUAUAUAUUUGUAGUCAUUAUGUAUGUGUUCUCUCUGUUCAAUACGGAAUCUAUA